UUUUUACGUGAAAGAAUUACUUUCUAAAAAUAAUUAGAAAAUUAGAAAAUAAAUAAAAUAAUUUUAAUUUAAUAUUAAUUUUAAUUUUGUUAAAUUAUUUGUAAGGGAUUUGUGCUGAGUGAAUCGUCAUUGUGAUCUUUUAAAGUAUAAAAAUUAAAAUAUGAAAAGAAUCUGUGACAAAAACCAACAUACUUAUACGUCAAUUUUCUCAAUUUAAUUAGUAAAAAUAACAAAAACAGUCCAGAAUCGAAAUAUUUUUUAUAUAUUAAUUAUUGAUAUAUUAUUUAAAAACAAAAGUACUUAUCAAGAAUGAAAAUUUUAAUGUGUGUACUAUUAAAACGCCAAUGUAAAAUUUAUGUUGAAAAGUUAGAAAUAUAGGACAUAACUGUGCUAAGAUCUACUUUAGAUGUAAUUAAUUGUAAAAAAUUUUUUGCUCCAGUAAUUUGUAAAUGAAUUGUUAGUGUUUUUUAUUAUUAGUAUUUUAGAUUUAAUUGAAAUAUAAAAAUGUAUCUACCGGUUGGGUGGCCUCGAUUAAUAGAUCUUUCAAUACCAAGUAAUGGGAAGAUUCAUAAAAUUUGUUGCAAUCGCGUAAAAUCACAUUUUGCUGCAAUAACUGAUAAUGUUUUAGGAAUUUGGUGUUCAAAACCUUUAACACCAUUAACUUAUCACUUACGUAGUGCAAAUUCAUUACAGGAUUUGGGUAACAAUAGAGGUUUUGUAUGGGAUAUUGAAUCUACAAGAAUAGCAGUUUUUACGGAUAUAGGUAAUUUACUAAUUUAUGCAGUGGAGAUAAAUUUGGAUUCUGAUGGUGUUUAUAAAGAAAUCGAUCCACCAACACCAAAUCUAAAACGUGAUAGUGCUGAACUAUUAAUGCAAGAAAAAAUACACAAAGUUACUUUAAAGCAUAUCAAAGUUGUUAAUUUGGAAGCAGCAAUUACAUCUGUAGUUGUAAUUAAUUAUACAGAGUUAAUGGUGGCUACAGAGAACUCUAAGCUUAUAAAAAUUGAUUGGUCUGGAGAUUUUGAUAAAGCAGGCUCACUAUUGGAACUACAAAAUAUAUGUUUUACUUUUAAUCAACAAAAGAAUUAUAGUUCAAGCUCACCUAAAAUUCGUACAAACGCUUUCGUAAAACGUAUGGAAUAUUCAUUGUUAAUUGAUGGUUUUGCAGUUUGUUUUGAUGACGGUAGAGCAGGUGUUUUAACAUUUCCAAAUUUAAAGUUUGUUCCAAAUCAAAUCCAGGGAUUGUGGGCUCCUAAUGUUGAAGAUGCAACGUGUUGUGGAAUUAAUCAUAAAUUUCGUUUGGUAGCAUUUGGAAGAAAAAAUUCUACGGUUGCAGUUUUUUGUAUAGAUGAUAACACAGGCGGUUUAGAAUUAUGUCAUAAAUUACAAUUAAGUCCAAAAGAUUAUUCUGGAAAUCCAGGUCCAGUUAAUGAAUUGAAGUGGACACCAGAUGGACGUGCAAUUGUAAUUUCAUGGGAAAAAGGUGGAUUUUCAUUAUGGAGUACAUUUGGAACUAUGUUAAUGUGCUCUCUUGUUUGGGAUUAUGGACUACAUAUCAAUCUUGCAAAAGAAAAUCCGUUUCUUAUUUAUAAUAUGGAGUGGUUUGCUGAAGGCUAUCAGUUGAUGAUCUUGAAACACAAAAUUUCCGCAGUCAAUCAAACAAAUCAAAAUUUGGUGCCAAGUACUUCCACAGCUUCUAUUAAAUAUUCAAAGAGAAUGUCAAGUGUUCUGCUACUGGAUUUCGUUAAAAGUACUUUGACUAUAAAUCCGGGUAUGUCAUCCAAUUCGCAUAUUAUUUUACAAGGUGAAGAUAAGUUAUAUGUGAGUCAAGGAAAAAAUUUAGAUGAAAUUUAUUUUGGUACAACACAAAAGUUCCCAAACAAUUCCGUUCACAAAAAUCACAAUCAUACCGAUGCAUUCGAUUUAAAUGAACCAAAUGAAUCUUCAGAAAUUCAAAAAAAUUGUAAUUCAUCUAGUAUUUUGUCGGAAAAUAAACUUUGGGCUGUAGUUCAACUGCCACUGCAAUAUUCCUCAUGCAAUUGUCCGAUUCGAUUCACUGCAAUUGACCAAGAUGGUCAUCAUAUAGCUAUAGCGGGCAAAUCGGGGUUCGCGCAUUACUCUUUAAUUACUAGGCGUUGGAAAGUUUUUGGAAACCAAACUCAAGAAAGAGACUUUUUUGUGACGGCAGGAUUAAUAUGGUGGCAAAAUUAUGUUAUAAUGGGUUGUUAUAAUUUAAUGGAGGAAACGUUUGAAAUACGAAUUUAUCCAAAAGAACCAAAAUUGGAUAACCGAUAUGGUACUAGUGUGCAAGUGAAAGCUCAUGUUCUUAUACUGAGUCUUUUCAAAAAUCAAUUGGUUGUGUUUACUGCGGAUGGAUUUGUUAAUACUUUUAAGUUAUCGGUUCGCAAUACAGAAAAUUAUGAAGUUGAUAUUGAAGCUUAUUACGAAAUUGACGUUAGAAGUGUAUGUGUACAUCCAGCUUGUGUUAUUUCAUUGACGAUUUCAAAUUUAAAAAAUGAUAUGGCAAUGAAAUCUGCUUUUGAAGAUUUACAUGAAGACACUAUUAUCUUAAAUAUUUCUGGUAGAUUAUUUUUGAUCCAAAGAAAUUCAAGUUCUAAUAUGAUAAUACCACCAAUGUCAACUUGCUUAGCUUCUUGCGUAGAAUGUUUUUGGUUAUCAAGCUCCGAAAAAAGUCAUAUGCGAGAUUGUCUGUGGCUCUACAGUGGAACAUAUGGUAUGAGAGUAUGGUUGCCAGUCUUGCCAUCUGAAGAUGAGUUGAGAAAACCAAAUCGUCACACAUUCAUGUCGAAACGUAUAAUGUUAGCUUUUCCACUAAAGUUGUAUCCUUUAGUUAUUUUUUUCGACGAUGCGAUUGUACUCGGAGUAGAAAACGAUACAAUUCUUUACUCUUCAGAUAAUAACUCACAUUUUUCUUUACCCUUUUCAAUUUUAAAUAAAAAAAGUCAAGUUUAUUUACACAAAAUAUUACGACAAUUGAUUAAAAGAAAUUUGGGUUACACAGCUUGGGAAAUAGCAACAGCUUGCAGUAAGCUGCCGUAUUUUCCUCAUUGUCUGGAGCUUUUGUUGCAUGAUGUAUUAGAGGAAGAAGCCACAAGUAAAGAUCCUAUACCAGAUCCAUUGUUGCCAAGCAUUUUAGAGUUUAUAAGAGAAUUUCCAGUCUAUUUACAAACAAUUGUCCAAUGCGCUCGUAAAACAGAAAUUGCUUUAUGGCCAUAUUUAUUUGCAACAGCUGGAAAGCCUAAAGAACUGUUUUUACAAAGUUUGCAAUUAAAUCAGCUCGACAUUGCUGCCAAUUACUUGAUAAUAUUGCAAAAUUUAGAACCGUCAAGCAUAAGUAGACAAUACGCAACGCUUUUAUUUGACACAGCUUUAGAAAAUCGAAAAUGGGAGUUGGCUAAAGAUUUGUCCCGAUUUUUGAAAGCUAUUGAUCCAUGUGAAGUAGACUCGCCGCGAGCAACUUCGAUGAACACCAAAAUCAGUCCUCAUAUGUCUAGUCAUCACAAUCAUCAACACACAUCACAGCAAGCGAACUCAGACGAGCUAAAUUUUAUAUUAGGCUCUACAAUGGCAAGAGGACGAAGUUUUUCUACAGCUACAAUGAUUGCAAAACCUAGGGAAUUCUUAUUUCGUAGUACAUCACAAUCAGAGGAUAAACAACAGCAAUCUCAAAAUACACAACAAAAUUAUCAAAGUGAACCCCAUCAAAAUGAAGGGUCUACUAGGAAGAAAAGUACUCAAAGCAACAAAGACUCCAUAGAAAAAAGUAUUUUAAAUGAAACGUUUUUCAUUGAGGUAAUAAUUCAACGACAUGCAAGAAAACUUCUUGAAACACGAAAAAUAUGUGACUUAGGAUAUAUGAGUGCAAUAUUGGAUUUUCCAUUAGUUGGAUGGUUAAGUCAGGAAAGUAAUAGAUCAGCGAAAGUAAAUGAUUUUGUUGCAGUUCUUAAUCAACUGCAUCACGAUUUAAACUGGCCUAAACCAAUUGGAAAUGAAGUGGACAUUAGUUUAUUAGGAGUUACUGGCCCAAAUAUAAAGUCAGUACCAUCAGAUUCUGGUUAUUUUAGCCUAACGACAUCAAAUGAUAAAAAUAAUUUAGAAACAGUUGCUACAAAUAGCUUGAAUACAAUACAGUCCUCAAAUCUACCUGAAAUUUGUGAGGAACCAUUAAAAGAUUCAUUAGAUUUCAGUGUACAUAGUAAUCAAAGUACUGGUUCAAAUAAUGAAACAUAUGCUAUUGAUAAUGUAGUAGCAGGAGAUUCAGCAAUAACAACUUCUACCACAUUAUCUAAACGUAAUUCUAAUGCAACUGAAAUUAAUGAAAAUCAGAUAAAAAAGCGAAAUCCACCUCAAAAUACGAAACUAGAAGUUCAAUUAAGAUAUUUAUUACAAUUGUUUACGGAAGCAAAUUGUAUUGAUUUUUCAUUAAUUUUAUCAAUUUUAUUAUUAGAUGGUGCAUCAAUUAGUCGUAUAAUUAAUUUUGUAAUUCGUUCAGAAUCUUUAUCAUCGUGCCAACAAAUACGUAAUGGUCUUGAGCAAAUAAUUAAAUGGUCAUUAACAGAACAAAAUGGUUAUAAAUAUUUUAUGAUAUCUUUACAAUCGCAAUUAAUGAUUUUAGAUGAAUAUAUAUUAAAGCAAAAAUUAUUUCACGAACAAUAUUUUACAAGAUUUAGUAAAGAUAAUAUAAAUAAUAUACCAUUAAAUGGUAAUAGUAAUUCAAAUAACAAUCAUAAUAAAAUUAAUCGAAAAAGUGAAGGACAACAAAAAAUUGAAGAAGAUCAAAUAAAAUUUUUAAAUAAUAUUAGAACAAGAUCAGCUUCAGAAAGUAAUAAAAAUCAAAUUCAAUCAAUUAAUUUAAAUAUUCAAGAUAACCAUAAAAAAACUGAUUUAUAUCAAAUUAAUAAUAAUAAUAAUAAUAAUUUAACCGAUGGUAACAAUUCAAUUAUAAAUAAAGCAAAUAAAUGA